UAAAAUUAGAAACAAUUGCAACCUCUCCCAUUCUCCAUUGGAGCGGAGCGGAAGAAAUGGGGAUUCAGGAUUUGAUCAGUCCCACCGCCAAUUCACUGAGACGGAAGUCCGUCGGUCUCGUGAAGCAAGCAUGGGCAGUAGCUUCUCGCGCCUUCGGAUCUGCAGCCAUCAAAGUUCACCGGCUCGACCCGGUUCGUUAUAUGCCCGAUGAUGAAACUCGUGCAAAGGCCGUCGUCUUCUCCAGUAAAUUCGCCAGAAAUGCCGUCGUUUAUGCUGUUAAGAAUGCCUACACAUGGAUCCCUGGUCCGAUCAUUCUGACUUUACUGUAGAAUUUGAGCAUUCUAAGUUUAAUCGUAUCGAUAUAUAGGAGUUACAGUUGCAGAUUUUGAAUUGCCGUAUCUUACUGUCCAAAAUCAAUCUUCACAUGUGCAGGUGGAAAGGCAGUACUUGACAUAUAUUCGAAAACUAUGCGCGAAAUCAAAUCUGAAGAAUAUGAUAAAGACGAAGAGGAUAGAGUCUCGGAACACGAUUCUAGUUCCUCUGAGAAAGCCGAUUCAAGCGGGCAUGUGAGAUCUCUCGAUGUUGACUCGCAUGUCACGACUCGAAAACCAGAAGAUGAGCUGAUGAUCUCGCCGCCGCCUGAGAAAAAAAGAGUUAGGAAGCUAGGCGGCAGGAAAUUGCGGUCCAAACUAUGAGAACAGCCCACCUUAAAAGCAUCUUCAAUGGCAAUGGCACCAUGGAUUGAUGAAAAAUGCAUUAUCACAUCACAUUGAGAUAAAAUUAUCUCUCUAACGGAAAUAUGGACAAUGAAUGCCGUGUUGAUUUGGAAUGGAAAACAAUCGAUCCUGUCUAGUCUCUCUAUCGACUUUCAAAAGGCGUGUCUAACAGGUUCAUUCAGCAAAUCACUUACUACGUAUUUCAUAGUAAUUUUUUGCCGUAAUUGCAAAUAUUACUUCCCUUCCGCCUAUGCAAUACUGGGAUGUAGAGGCAGUACAUCAGUAGUAACCAAACGAGACAAGCCGACAACUAACGUCCACUAUCUCGCAGCCCCCGGUGAUGCGGCGGACAGAAAACCGUGGGGAAUCGAAUUGAAUGAACACUCUUGAAGCAGCACGAGGGUCAAAGGUGUAGAAUCCGUUAAUAGCUUGUACAUUUGAACUCUUCACUAAAUAUCUAUCUAACCUCUAUCAUUAUAUAUGUAUAAUCUGUCAAUAGCUUGUACAUUUGAACUUUUCACUAUAUAUGUAAGUAAUCUAGCUCUAAAUUUUCAAUGAGCCCAAGUUUACCACUGUCAAAUGUCGUUUGAGAAUUUUUACUUGAAUUUUUACUUGAUGGGAGAAGUUGGGAUGAUGAUGACUGUUUUGAAUAUGCGCUUCCUCUCCUCCGUGACCGAGACUGGUUGUUGCGCUCGAGUUUUUUUUUUUUUUGCAGAAUGCAUAUGGAUCUUUUUAGGCUGCACUUCCCCUGGUUUCGUCCUUUUUUCUAACAUGUGGCAUGUAAGCAAGUAUACAUCAUAUUUCCCCCAUUUUUAUUGAGUAUGCCUUAUUUUUAAACUAAUUAUCUAAACAUGUUUUUAGUCUAUAUUUUCCCAUGAAAAGGACUUAUUUUUUACAACUCUCAAUUGCAUCCCAUUGAAAUUAAUCUAUUUUUACCUAAACAAAAACAAAAUGCUCAAUCCUCUUUUUAUCCAUUAAUCGAUUACUGUAUUUUUUUUAAAAACUAAUGUUGAGGUUUAUUCCUUCAACCCUUGGACCCAACACGUAAGCCCAAAGAUUUCGAGUGGAGUGAGUGUGUGGUUAUCUAGCCCAACAACUAUCAGAUGAAUCAGGAAACAAGAGUAAUAGCAGGCAAUGUAAAUAGGUGUUAUUAACUUCGUAAUAACUCCCCUAAGUACAAUCUACUUGCUAAAAAGGGCACGUCGGCCGUUCGUCUUACAAGGCGAUAGAAAUGCUACUCGUAAGAAUGCUGGAGCUAGUAUGCUAAGAAUAGAAAGUUGCCAACCCUUUACAAUGAAAUAAAUGCUUCUAUUUAUACCCGCCAAUGGGCAGGUGGCUGUACUGACGUGGCAGCCUGUGGACCGCUGGUGUCCCAACUACCAAAUCUUUAGCAUUAAAUGCACUUCCCGCCAGAAUCUAGGUUUCCCGCCGGAUCAGUGGGGACGUUCGUCCACCCCGGAAGUGAGUUGGAUUGCUCCAAGUGACCUUUGAGGGAUAUCGGCUGUUCGUCGCCUGGCCUUAAUAGAUACUCACUAUGUGCACUGGGUUUUCCCCGAUGACCACAAGCUUGCUCCGGGGACGUUCGUCGCCAUCCCCGCUGGCCCGUGGUUCUGCUCUUUGUCUCUGCAUAGACGUUCGUCGGAAUGAGCUGCUGGGCCCGAGUCCUCCAACACCAGACGUUCGUCCAUCCUCAAGAGACAUGGGCCUGUGGGCUGGCCUGGUUUCUAGCUGGACGUUCGUCUGGCAAAAUGGGUUAGUGGGCCGGACCUCGGCUUGGGCCCUUAACCCAACACAAGUCCCCCACUUCUGAUGUUCUGAGCAUGCGCAGGACAUAAGGAAGUAUGAACCCCCCCGAAGUAGACGUCCGUAUCUUGAUACUUAUGUUUAUUGCAUCUGGUGGAAGCGUACAAAGAGGAGAGAAUGAAGGUCUACUUAUGAACCCCCCCGAAAUGCGCGAAAGCCCUCGGAGCAGCUCGUCUGAAGGUGAGAAUGGACAGCCAGCUGGUAGUAACCCAGAUGACCGGCACUGCAGAAACCAGGGAGGAGAGAAUGAAGGUCUACAAAGAGCUGGCGGAGGAACAGACCGCGCAAUUUGAGCAGGUGGUGCUUGAGCAGGUAUCGCGGGUGGAGAAUACAGAAGCGGACAUUCUGUCAAAACUAAGCAACCCCCCAACCGAUGACCCGGCAUCAAGCAUCCCCCGACACAUCAGAGGCUUCGUCAGGCAGGAGAUAUUCCCAGCACCGGCGACGGACGUCAUCCAGGUGGAGGUUAUCUCCAUUGCCGAACCUAACUGGGCAAAGGAGAUAGCAGAUUAUCUCAGAGAUGGGACACUCCCCGAGCCUGAAGGUGAUGACAGUACAGGGAGGGCCGCGUGGAUAAAGAGGCGUGCCCCUAACUUUGAACUUAUUGACGGGCAACUUUACAAGAAGACGUUCGGCGGACCGUACCUCAGAUGCCUCCCGCCGAGCCUGGCGGCGGCAGUAAUCGAGGAAAUACAUGAAGGGAUCUGCUCCAGCCACCAGGGCCCCCGAACCUUGGCCAGGAAAAUCAUCCUGCAGGGCUAUUACUGGCCGACCAUACAGCAAGAUUGCUUCAACCACACGCGGAAGUGCGCAAUAUGCCAGCAGUAUGCACCUGUCCCUGGCCGACCAGCGAGUUUCUACACCCCGAUGACCAUCGCACUGCCAUUUGCUAGGUGGGGCGUAGACCUGCUGGGUCCUCUGCCAACGGCUGCUGGUGGAAGGAAGUUCGUCAUUGUGGCGGUUGAUUAUUUCACGAAGUGGGUCGAGGCCGAACCAUUGGCCUCCAUCACUGAAUUCCAGUGCCAGAAGUUCGUCUGGCAGAACAUCAUUUGCCGCUUCGGGAUCCCGGAGCAGAUCAUCACAGACAACGGUCGGCAGUUUGUCGGCAAAGGCUUUGAAGCAUACUUGGCAAAGUGGGGCAUCAGGCACUCUAAGGCUUCGGUGGCCUACCCGCAAGCCAACGGCCAAGUGGAGAACAUGAACCGGACCAUCAUGGAUGGGAUCAAGAAGAAGUUGGAAGACUACACCUCCACCUGGCCGGAGCAGUUGAAUUAUGUCUUGUGGACGUACAGGACGACGCCAAGAACGGCGACCGGGGAAACCCCUUUCGCCUUGGCUUAUGGCUUCCAAGCUAAGGUGCCGACGGAGGUGUUGGUACCUACACAUCGCACCAAGCACUUCCAGCCGGGAGACAACGAGACCAACCUACGAGCAGAGCUCCAUUUCAUUGAGGAACGGAGGGACCUAGCGGCUCGUCGCAUGGAAGAGUAUCACAGGGCCACCCAGAGAUACUUCAACAAGGCCGUGAAAUUCCGUGAAAUAGAGGCCGGGGACCUCGUACUCAGGAAAAGAGAGAAGAGCAAGCCGCUCGAAGGUGGCAAAAUGGCGAAGAACUGGGAAGGACCUUACCGGGUCAUCAGAAGAUACAACCAGGGGACGUUCCUCCUCCGUACCCUGGAGGGGAACCAUGCCGGGGUGUGGAACGUAGAACACCUGAAGAAGUUCUAUCAAUAGUUAGAGGCCGUUGUCCUUGUAUUGUUCCCACUGAAUGUAAAAUGACCGGACGUCGUCAAUAAUAAGGCCCCCUAUUUUUUAUCACUUCUGUUCUCGCCAACAACCGUACAAGAAGGGAAUCUCGAUGCAGAUAUACCUGUUCCUCAUUGUGAUGUCCGCGGAUACCGAACGUCUCUUCGAUGUAAGAACGUCGGUAGGACCAAGGACCAAUGACGAACGAAGACUAUGAUUGCCUCCCUCAAAAAAAAAAAAAAAAAAAAAAAAAAAAAAAAAAAAAAAAAAAAAAUAAUAAAGAUGGGGAGAAGAGGAGGGUAGCUCCUAUGAAGAAGGGAAUCUUGUCCGGGUGUGCCAGAUCUUCUCCAACCGCCGAAGACGAACGCCUCUCGAUGUAGAGGUUAGUAGAGACGCGGAGGGGGCUAGACGAACCAAGGGAGCCUGCCAAGAUAAACCUGUUUAUCCCACAAAUGACCAUGGAUCGAUGGACGUGGGAUAACAAAGUCGGGGACCCGUGAGGGUAGACCUGUUCGUCCCUGCGAGUUCUUUGGGUACCUAGCGUCCUCGUCGAAGCAAGAGACGUCGGUAAGGCUAAAGGACCACGGACGAACGAAAAAAGGGGGGAAUCUCGAUGUAGAUAAACCUGUUCUUCCUUGUGAUGUCGGCGGACACCGAACGUCUCCUCGAAGUGGGGACGCCGGUGGGACCACGGACCAAGGACGAACGAAGACUAAAAGACUCCAAAAAAAAAAAAAAAAAAAAAAAAAAAAAAAAAAAAGAAGAGCCAGACGAGCAUGGAGCAAAGAAUGAUUUUUAUUCUUCGGCACUAUCGGCCGGGAAAUCACAAGAUAGCGAAAAUAAUGGAAAAGUUGUGCAAGUACAAGGUCAUGAACGGGAAAUCAUUUUUGAUCAACGUCCGGAGCUGGAACUUUGGAAAGAGCCUGCUUGCAUUCUUCACUAGCUUUGGCUUCCGCCUGCUCUCUCAGCAGCUCAAGGGCUCCCGCAUGGGCAUCGGCCAUCAGGACAUCGAAGCCAGCCGCCUCCGGAUCGAAAGGAGCCCCGAAAUGACGCUCGAACGUGGGGAGAUUCUCCGCUACGAGCCCGACCAUACCCUUGCGAUAAGUAUCAUCGGCAAGGUCAUUAAGGAAACGCCGUCCGGUGGGGGUGGCCUGGAGCAAUUUGACCCCGUCCAGGUAGGCGUCCGGGCAGGUGGCCAGAAAUUCUCCGACGAGCCUCGGGAGGAAUUUCAUGGCCAUGGUGUGGAUGGCACCAGUGUAAGCUUUGGACCUCUGGAAGGCAAUGGAACCAGACUCCUUGAUUUUGGCAACAUCGGCCUCAUAAAUAGGGACAUGGUUAUCCAUGCCCGUCUGGCGAAGCUCCACCUUGGCCUGCUCUACGGCCCACAUCCGGCUGCGGAGAUCCACAAGCUCGGCCUCCUGCUUCUUGAGAAGCUCCUUCUGAGAGGCAUUCUCCUGAACGAGCUUGUCAUAGGCCUCGGCCUUCUCUUGAAGGGUGCCAGCCCUGCCUUUUGCACUCUUCAGAAGGGCAUCACAUUCGGCCCGUACUCCGGCCAUCUCCCUGCCCUGGCGCUCGAAAGCCAUCCGAGCCCUAUGGAAGUAGAGCCCAGCCUUGUCCAGCGUGCUCUGGCCGCACUCCAACAGAUCUUCAGGAGCCUCCUGAGCAGCGAAGUCCUGCGGAACCUUGAGAUUCAGGCCGCACCAUAUAGAGGACGCCGUUUGACCAAAGAGCAUCAUUGACUCCUUGCGGGGCCCAACCCCAGAGAACUCGAUCAGGCCAAGAGAAGACUCACUGGCUCCUGGGGGAGAGUUUGGACGAGCGUCGUCGGAACCCUUGGCAGCUUGGGCAUCAUCGUCCCGGAGACGACGGACGUCGGAAUUCCGCGGAGGAGAAGCACGGAGAUGGGCCCGGGAAGUGGGUUUCCGCUUAAGGGGGCUUCCGGGCUCCCCAUCAGAAUCAUCGGCCAAGAUGAUGGCCUUGGAGGAAGUGCCCUCCGCACGCGGCCUCUUGGGGGCGCCGGCCCCCGAAGUUUCAUCGGCCCGUGCCCUGGUCACCCGGGGCUCAACCUUGGGGACGAGCGGCCUUCCGGGAUUGUCGCGCCCCUUGUGAUCACGACCGGCGGCAGAUGAAGCGCUAUUGAUCCGGCUCAUGACGGACGUGGAUGGGAAAACUCCUGCACAAAAGGAACCAAGACGUUCAGAGCCAUAACAGCGAAGAGAUGUCAAAACAAUACAAGUACAAACGGACGCACCUAACCCAGCCUGAGCUUUAAAGGGCUCGGCUACCAGCGAUCGGAGAUUCUGGAUGCCAAGUCCGGCUAUGCGCUUGGCAUACCCGAGCUCCUCGUCCGUCAUGGGCGGCGGGAUCGUCUUCACCGGGUAAGCAUUCCACCGGUCGGAGAAUGGCAUCGGUGAGCCUACCCCGGCUAGGAAGAAACGCUCUUCCCAUCCGUCCGGAUUCCCGGCGUUGUUCGAGAAGAGAACCAUGGACGGACGGGCUAUCAGGGUCAAAUACCCCGUACGUCCGAAUGGGGACAGCCGGAAGAAAUGGUGCAGCAGGUCCACGGUGGGGGUCACACCGACGCUGUGGCAUCUAAUGAUGAAGCCAGCGAUUAUCCGAUAAGCGGCAGGGACGAACUGCGCGGGUACUAUCUCGAGGGCCCUGAAAAGUUCCAAGUGGAAGCCAUGCAGGGGAAAGUUCAGCCCGGCUACCACCGAAUCCAAGUGGACCACCACGUAGCCGGGCAGGUGGCGCAUGGGGUUGCGCAGACGCCGAUCGUCGUAGGUUCUGGGAGGAUAGAACCAUUGGCUGAUCAGACGCUUGUCAGCGUUCGUCAGGCGUUGAACUUGACGCCGAACGUACGAGAAGCUGAGGCUAUAACGGGGAGGCCAGGGUGGCAUUCCCCGCUCAUAAUAUUCCAAGUCAUCUCCGGAAGAACAGCCAUCGUCGAAACGAUUUUCAGAAGACAUGGCAACGAACGGUACCUUUGGGAAUUGGGACUUCCGGUACGAUUUGAGAGAAACCUAGAGAGAGAAGACAAUUGUGCAGCGUAAGGAGAAGAAUGAGUGGAUUACAUGGGUUCUGAAUACUUAUAGGCAGCACCGCCGGAACACACCAACCGAAGCGGGACACGUGGUGCCUGGGUACCGGUACCUACCAUGGUAUUUAAGCACCUCGAUUUCGUCGCCGCGUAACCACCACGAAGAUAUCCGGAUCCAUGCCACGGACGUCCCCGCAGGAGGGUUGUGGAGACAUUCGUCUUCCCAUGUUUGCACAGUUCAUCGGCCGCCCAUAACAUCGGCGACUGGCGAGGACACACGCAUCAACCGGCCACGCUCGUCUUUCCGGUCACCGAAUUUCAACACGCAACGGUAGACGAACGUCGCCACCUGACGCUUCUCCAGGGAAACACAUCCAUAUGUCCGCACUUGAGAACUGUACCAUCGAAGCAAUUACCGACGGACGUCCCCCAAUUGUAAAAAUGCUGUGUGGACGGCAGGCCGGCCUCGGUAUCGAGGUAUCGGAGGAAUUUUCCGUACUACGUCAACAAUGAAGGGCACAGAAGGGUCAUGUCCAUGCUACCAAUAGGGCACGCACGUCUUUCCAUACAACCAUACACGGACAUCGUCAGGAAAUAUUGAGGCAGCCCCCGACGAACGUACUUCACGCUUGGGAAAUGUGCUGUUUGGACAGCCUCCGACGACCGUCGUCAAGAAUGCUGUUGCCAGGGGGCAAGGAGACGUCCCUGCCCAAAGUCAAAUGACGAGCAGGGAUGGACGUCCUAACAAACUACUUUGCAGCAGAAUAUUUCGAGGCACGGAAUGAAUUUCCAUACAACAAGAGACAAAGGGAACGAAUUUUGGCAAAAUGUGGAUCUUUAUUCUUCAGCACUAUCGGCUGGAAACUACAAGUCUACGUACUGCAAUAAAUCUAGGCUAAGAAGUAAAUUAACACAUGUGGGGGGACGGCGGUCGGCUGUUGGCAUGAGUAUGUUCCUCCUCCCGAGGCUCGGGCUCAGGGGUUGGGGGCUCCGGGAUAUCCCCCAUGGCUAUGGCCGCCGCCCGGCGUCUAUCCCGCCCUAUUUUCCCCAGGGCCUCGAUCAGUAGAUCGUCAUCCGUAUGAUCGGCUGGGUUGACGCCAGGGCCUAGGAGCUUCUCGAAGAUGGGGAGGAUGGCCUUGAUCCCUUCAUUAUAGCCACCGGCGAAGGCGCUAUCGGCAGAAUCAUAGAGGAAUUGGCGCGACAGGGGGGAGCUUUCCAUCAGCCGCACACCGAACCUCAGACGGUCCUUCGCCGGAAUUUUCCCCAGAGCAUGAGAGAACACGUCACCAAAAGCCCCGGCGCAGAAGUCCUUGGCCGACUCCAUAAACUCGCCGGUAUUCCGGUAACCGGAGGUAUUGAUGCACCAUUCCGGGGUGGCAUCUUUUGGGGCCGGAAGUACCGGCAUGAGCUUGAAGCCGGCCUUCUCCAGGCAGGCCAAUUGGGCGCCGGUUUCAGCCCGGAGGGACUGAAGCUCCUCCCUAGCCGAAGCGGCCUCUUCCUCUGCCCGACGGGCGGCCUCCCGAGCCUUCAGUAUGGCGGCUUCGGCCUUGGUCUUUGCCUCCUGCAGGGCGGCAUCCCUGGCAGCUUCGGCCUGCAGCACCAACAGCCCUGACUGAGAGAAAAAAUGGGAUAAACAGAGUUUAGACGGCGAAGCGACGAGCGUCAAGGGGACAAGAUGGGUCGAAUCGCAACAAUACCUGGAUGGCCGCAGCAAGAGCAGCGCUGGUCGCCUCGGAAGACGACCGGGGGGGCAGUUCGAGGCCGGCUUUAGCCCCAAGCUCCCUCCAAAGCUCCUCAGCCGGACGGCUCAGGGAUAGACCGCUAACAUCCUCAACGAUGGGGCCGGAGGAAACACAGUCUCGCCCCCUCUUCGUUUUCUUCUCCGGGGCCUUCUCGCUCCCCUUCUUGGGAACCACUUUUGUGACAACGACCGGCGGGGGGAGAGCAGUUUCAGCAUGAUGAGUCAGGGCCCCCUCGUUCAGCAGGGUGGCAAUCAGGUGCUGCUCACCGUCUGCAGUCCGACGGGCGGCGUCGGAGGCCGAUGAUCCGGCUCCAUGGGCGGCUGCCUCUCUGGCCGCUUUGGCCGCAGCCAUCUUCGCCUUCCUGUUCCUCAGGCACUCAGCAUUGUCCAUUUGUUCGGCGGUAAGGGGGAGACCUGCAAGAGAGAAAUACAAGAAUAUGAAAAGACGAACAGGGAUAGGGGGGAACACCCACCUCAGAGGACAGGACCGCCCGUGCCCCGAGACGAGCGUCCAAGGGAGGAAGAAAUCCAGGAACACGGGCGGUACCUAUGCCUGCUUCAGAGAGUGCCUCGACGGUCAGGUAUUCCCCUAUAGGGCGAACGCCGCCUUCCAGGACUUUCUUCACUUCCACUUCCAGCCCGGCCGACAGCGCCGGCGACUCAAUCUUCGGAGGGUAGCCGUUCCACCGGAUUGGGAGGGGAGGACCGUCAUAUCUAAGAAAAAAGAGCCUAUUUUUCCAAUCAUGGAUGGAGGAAGGAUAGUGCUCAAAUAGCUUCCUCUUCGGACGAGCGGCCACACUCAGGUAACCGUCGGAAUUCUGCGGGGUGACCCGGUAGAAGUAGUGGAAGAGAUCCAGCGAUAUGACGGCUUUUGCGGACGAACAGCGCACGAGGAAUGCGGAGAUAAAUCUAUAAGAGUUGGGCAUGAACUGCGCCGGAACCACCUGGUAGCAGUUGAAGAACUCCACGUAAAAGGGAUGGAGAGGAAACCGCAGACCGGCCUCCACAGAAUCCACAUGCAGGAUGAUCAUCCCCGGCCGUCGCCGCAUGGCAUGUUCGGCCCCGCUAUGGCUAAAGACGAACGGAUGGGGAAAGAAGGAAGCAAUCUUGUUCAUAGCGACGCUGGAGAGGGACUGCCUGUGCUCUAAGACACUCUUAAUCUUGCAAAUGUGCCUCUGCACAUCCAUGGGAAUACCUAAAUCGUGCACCUCCAGGUCGGAGCCAGAUUGGGCCUCGUCUGCAGAAUCAUAACCGGCGGGGCGCUCGUUCAGGGGGACGGCGUCAAUAACAUCUGCGGCCCCGUCAGCACCCCCGUCCCCGGCGUCGCUCCCACUACUUUGCGACACAUUAUCCGGCUCGCCAUCAGCCCGGAUGGUCCCCACCGUCGUGGCUGAACCAGAGGUCCCAGAAAUGCUGGCCUUCCCGGGGGAGCGAGCACUCACAUCGGCCGAAGAGGAGCCCGAGGAGGAACCCGACGAACCGGAAUCAGAGCUUGACGAAAUCUCCAUCGAGGUCAUCUCGGCUAGGAAUCAGAACAAGAAAAGGAGCAGAGGGGGGAAAUUACCUUACAAAGGGGUUAGCCGGAUUCAGAAGAAGACUUGAAGAGCUGCGGAAAAUCGGGAGCAAGAGGGCAGAAAUUGGGAACCCUAAUUCAGAGGGGAAACCCGGUAUUUAAAGGAGAAAACACCGAUGGCGAAGCCAACAAGGGGCCGACACGUGGCAAGGAGCGUACCCCGGCCACGCGCUGUGCGUGGGAUGGGAACGUAAUGAUGACACCUCCUCGGGAAAAUGCACCGCCGCAACAUCAGCCGUCACCUCGUUUCCUGAACCGGCGACAGCUGUCAAGCACCAUGACCACGAGCGUACGCUUCCACCAGAUGCAAUAAACAUAAGUAUCAAGAUACGGACGUCUACUUCGGGGGGGUUCAUACUUCCUUAUGUCCUGCGCAUGCUCAGAACAUCAGAAGUGGGGGACUUGUGUUGGGUUAAGGGCCCAAGCCGAGGUCCGGCCCACUAACCCAUUUUGCCAGACGAACGUCCAGCUAGAAACCAGGCCAGCCCACAGGCCCAUGUCUCUUGAGGAUGGACGAACGUCUGGUGUUGGAGGACUCGGGCCCAGCAGCUCAUUCCGACGAACGUCUAUGCAGAGACAAAGAGCAGAACCACGGGCCAGCGGGGAUGGCGACGAACGUCCCCGGAGCAAGCUUGUGGUCAUCGGGGAAAACCCAGUGCACAUAGUGAGUAUCUAUUAAGGCCAGGCGACGAACAGCCGAUAUCCCUCAAAGGUCACUUGGAGCAAUCCAACUCACUUCCGGGGUGGACGAACGUCCCCACUGAUCCGGCGGGAAACCUAGAUUCUGGCGGGAAGUGCAUUUAAUGCUAAAGAUUUGGUAGUUGGGACACCAGCGGUCCACAGGCUGCCACGUCAGUACAGCCACCUGCCCAUUGGCGGGUAUAAAUAGAAGCAUUUAUUUCAUUGUAAAGGGUUGGCAACUUUCUAUUCUUAGCAUACUAGCUCCAGCAUUCUUACGAGUAGCAUUUCUAUCGCCUUGUAAGACGAACGGCCGACGUGCCCUUUUUAGCAAGUAGAUUGUACUUAGGGGAGUUAUUACGAAGUUAAUAACACCUAUUUACAUUGCCUGCUAUUACUCUUGUUUCCUGAUUCAUCUGAUAGUUGUUGGGCUAGAUAACCACACACUCACUCCACUCGAAA